AUGCCGACGCCCAACGGCGCCAUGGCGCAGCAUGCCGACAUCAAGGAGUACUUCGAGAAGCUCCGCAAGGCAGACAUCAAUUCCCGCGAGGACUUCUUGCGCCUGGUGAAGCACGCAAGGGUCGCUGACAUUGGGGCGUACGCGAAUGUACCCUCUUUGCUCGCCUUCAUUGUCGCGCAGGUGAUGGGCUUCAUCUCCGACAAGUACACGCGCCCGUGCUGCGGUGGGAAUGACUAUGACGUCGUGCACCGCAAGGGCAAGAGCGUUGCUUCUGCGCUCCACGCGGCCAUGGCAUCGAACGGGUUCUGGCCGAAAACGAGCAAGAAGCCGAAGCGGAAGAGGGGCGCUCAGGCGAAAUCCCGCGCCAGGGUCCGAGCGGUAGCCAAGGCGGCCGCCGUUCGGAGGAACGCCGGCGUCGGCCUCCGCAAGAAGAGCGAGAUCAAGAACUACAAGAUCGUCGUCCAAGUGGAUGAGGCGCACCUGAACAAGCGGAAGCCUGGUCGACUCGCGCGAGCGGCGCGCCCCCAGAAAGAUCAGGCGUGGGCGCGGGGCGCAACUGUCCAGGGCCGCCCUGAUGUCUGGCCCUCCCGAGUCCUCGACCACCCCCUGGAGGCCUUCAACGGCAAGCCGCGGGGGCGCGACGAGAUGCUGACGAACAUGCACCUUCUCGGCCUCAAGACGGGCACUGCGCUGGUCAGCGACUCCUGGGGCGCCACGAUCUCGGCCGCGAAGGAGUUCAAGAAGCUCAAGCGCUGGACGGUGAAGGACCUGCGCCACGAGCUCGUCGUGCACCCUGCAGGCGAAAUUGUGAACCCGAACGGGUUCACAACCAACGGCAUCGAGGCCGUGUGGUCCGUGGUCAAACGCUGGGUUCGCCGCCGCUGCGGCGGUAGAAUGCCGAGCCACUCGGACCGCGAACAGUGGCGCGCGCUGCAGGCGGAGCUGCAGUGGCGCAAGAUGAACGCGCACAAGACGCUGGAUUGGGGAAAUACGUACUUCGUGCCGUUUACCGCCCUUGCCGCCGCCUGCAAACCGCUCGCGCGCGCUCGGCAUGGGCUGCCGGUAGAGCUCGCGGCCGGCUCUGUUGCCGGACGCGCCGCGGGCCCAGAGGCGAUGACCCUCGAGCAGAGCGAGGGCGCGCUCCAGAGGUACCCCCGCCAGGACAAGUCGGCCGUCCGCUACUCGGACGUGGCCACCUACGUGUCCCUGGCGAUGGACCGGGACCGCCCGCGGUCGAAGCCCUCUUCGGCUUCGAGCUCCGCGCGGCCAAGGUCGCGCACGGAGGCCUCGGCGGCGGACGCGUACGCGCGGCAGGGCUGCCCGGCCAAGCCUUCCACGGCUCCCGCGGCGCCCGCCGGCAGGCAGCCCGCAGGCGGCGCACCUCGGGAGGCGGCGGCGGUGCAGGAGUCGCCGAAGAAGCUCCAGCUCGGCCACCGCCACAGGCCCUCAGCCUCGCUGCAGCCGCGGUUGCCCGCGGAGCUGCCGCUGUGCCCGCCACCCGUCGCCGUGGCCACGGGGCACAUCCCGAGGUGCGCGGCGAAGGCUCACGUCGGCGAGGUACACCGCCGAUCGAGUGCUGAGGGCCUGUCCAUCAGGACCCGCCUCGCCCCGACGACUUGCACCUCCCGUUUGGGAGCGCUGGCCGCCACGGGGGCUCCAGCAAAGAACCACAUGGGCGUCGAGCACGUGAUCGGCUCCCUCACGCACGAGUGGUGGAAGUCCCCGCUGUUGGUCCUGAAUCUCGAGCGCGCUGCACAUGUCCAUCCUUCGUGGCAGCGCCGUUGUGUUGGACAUACUGCAGCGGUCUGCCGCGAUUGGCGGGCUGGGAGCUUACCGCGCGUCAUGUUGUCCACCGCUCUGUCCAGGCGGUUGCACUACAGCACGUCCAUCCAGGAGGGGGACUCGGCCCUCCAGCUUGGCGCGCAGCGCUGGCGAGAGCCCCUGCACUCGCUGCGCCGCCUCCCCGCACCCGACGAGGGCGCCCAGGGUCUCCUCGGCGGCGCCGAGUCGCGCAUGGGCGCCAGCCAGCUCCGACUGGAGCCUCGCCACGAGCCGAUCGGCGGAGGGCACGCGAGCACGCCGCUGGCCCUCGCGGCUCGAGGGGACGCGGUGUCCCUACCAGUGCUGAUCAUCUCUGAGCACUCCUGGGCGAGGUUCCAGUCUCCGUCCAGGCUCCGCCUGCCGGAGGGCCUGCCCGACCAGAGCGCAGCAGUGGCCAUGGCGCUCAAGUCUAAGACGCUCCCGGUGCUCGUCCUGGCCGCGUUGUGCCUCUUCACCCUGCGCGGGCUCGCGUUCGUGGCGCCCUCUGGCAGCAUGGCGGCGCGCGCCGACACGGGUGCCCUCGCCGCGGGCGCCGCCCCGACGAUCGCGAGCAGCUCGGAGGGCGGCCUGGUGGCGAUGCAGGCCCGGGGCGGCGCGGAGGGGCUGGAGGUGAAGGACCCGCAGCUGUACAUCGUCGUGAUGUGCGUGUUCUUCGGUGCCUCCGUCCUGGCCAACUCGAACGGCUUCUUCGGCCCCUGGUGA